AGGCAGCCUGACAUCUUGCAUCAGCCGAUUAACCAUUCUCAUGUUCAGUUGCAGUCAAACCAUCACAAUUAUCAGCAACAGCGGCUUUGCUUAUCUGGUUGCCCUCUGGUAUCUCCAUCUUCUGCUUCAGGGUCUGUUGACGCUUUCAGUCAAAUUCAUAGCUUGGCUCGGCAUCAACUACCACCCCCAGCACAUCAAUUGGCUAAUUCAGUCUCUCAGGUCACCACUCAUCGAGAUCAGCCCCAACAACAAGAGCAACAUCCACAGCCCCAUCAUAAAACCAAUAACCGCCAUCUUAUUCAUCAUCCUCGACGACAUCUGAGCUCAGUUGUGCUUCAAAACACUUCGUCACUCAUGGGAAUGCACCAGGAACACUCUCAGCCGCCAGAAAGCCUGAUUUCCCAACAUUCCUCCUCUUCUGAACCUUAUUCAGCCAAGUUGGGGACCUCAAUCCCUCUGGGUAUUUUAUAUUUUUCAUCAUUUUAUUCAAGUGGUUCUUUAAAACUAGUUUAG